ACCUGGAGAACAGUGACAAAUAUUUGAGAUCCCCGAAUCAAGGUAGUGAAAUCUUAAUUAUAAUAGACAUAUUGUAAGACAUCUAAAAAGCAGGAGGAUUCAUUCUGUACUCAUUUUUGUCUAGAUUACACCACUGGGAUCUUUUGUGGUUUGCAUCGCUUUUUAAACUUUCGCAUCAACACGAGACACUCCAUCAAUCAUGAUAGCGAUUCAGGACAAACUAGGCAUCUGGCUGAUGACCGGCAUGCUGGCCAUCCUGACCAUCUUUUUCAACAUGUACCUCAUGCUGGUGAUCCUGAGAAGCUACCAGAAGAAGCAAAAGCUAAACCCGUGCGACUUAAUCAUUGUAGCCAUCAAUGUAGCGAGCAUCGGCUUACAGGUUUUUACCUACUUAUGGCAGUCCCUAGACCAGAUCGACAUCUAUUGCUCAGUGAACUUUACGACUGCCGUAAUGCUGUCGCUUGUCUAUAGCACAAAGUUCAUCGUAUUCUGGUGCACCGCAUUUCUGACCUUCUACUACGGCACUAAACUGGUGAUGAGGCCUGUGGACUGCUACAAGCGCAUGCAGGAGAACAUCAUCAAACACGUCCGCCUUGUCCUGGUGGUGAUCUACAUAAGCGGUUUCGGCCACGGCAUGCCAUUACUGGCGCUUUUGCACAAUUACAACGUCACCUCCACCGUGAACGACUGCGGGUCCAUCAUGCCCAGCGACAUCGACGGACUGGCCUACGUCUUCUACUACGUCUUCAUCUCUGACAUCGUGCCGAGCAUUGUGAUGAUCAAAUCCAGUAUUUCUAUCAUGUUCCAUCUUUACCACCAUCUUCAGGAUAUGAAAGCAAGCACCAACGGCGCUCGCGGGCCCAAGCUGGGCCCUCAGAUGCGGGUGAUUAAGAUGACCCUGACCCUGGUGGUCGUGUUUUGUAUUUUCGUGGUCAUUGACCUGAUUGUGGAGUCCACUGUGGCGCUGCAAAGGCAAAACACCAUCACGGUGACCGUUCUUGUCGCUAGCAUGUAUACAACGGUCAGCGCGGCUGUGAUGGUUUACGGGAAGAAAAGACACUGGAAGGAUCUCAUAAGCACCUAUAACCUCUUUUUAGACGAGUACCCAUGCCUAACUGGUUUGAAGGUCGCUGAGGUCAAAACAGAACCUCAGGAGAACAGCAAUAAUUGACCUUGAGUCCAGCCAGGCUAUAUAUGCACACGUUACUACUGUACAAACAAAAUAUGUGUGGAUGACACUAUGGCAGAACAUAUGUGCAUGUAGAUAGAGAAUCGAUGAAACUAAAUGCAGGUAAUAUCUUAAAUUAUUUAAUACUUCAUAUACACUGUAAAAAAAUGAAAAGUUGGUUAAACUUUAAAAAAAAAUACUUCAAUUGGUAACACCGACCUUAAGUGAAAUUUUUCAAUUGAAAAAACUUAAAUGCCAUUUUUUAAGUUGAUCCAACUUUUCACUUUUUACAAUGUAGUUAUGUCGUGAGUGUUUUUUACCCCCAGUAUCAAAUGUUUCAUUUUGAAAGAAUAUAAUGUAAGAAUACACAUAAUAAAGAGGAUGAUGAUAAAUGACAUGUAAUAUCCUAUGAUUUAAUUUUGGUUUGGUGUGUAUAAUAGAAAAAGUGAUCUUUACUGAUAAGACUGAAACAUUUAAUAAACGCUUUCUGUCUGAGAUGAUCAAUGAUACGCAUAAGAUGUUCAUAAUAUAAAGCAUGUUAUUCUGCUUUUCU